UAAUUAAUGGAAGUCAAAAGCAGCAACUGGAAUCUGCGAGCUACUCCUCCCGCUACGCUCUGGGACUUUUUUAUGAAGCCAGUACACGGAUUGAUGUCCCCUGGGCUGCACGGUACAUCACUGAUAAUCCCUGCAUACGCUUCAUCUCCAUCGAUAAUAAGAAACGCAAUAUAGAGUCUCCUGAAAUCGGGCCCUCAGUUGUGGUUCACACAACUGUGAUGUUUGGAAGCGAGAACGUGGAUUCAGACCCUGCAGAGGUGCAGCAGUUAAUUCUCAGUCACCUGGAGAGGAUUGUGCCAUCCCUACCUAAACCAGCCAGCAUCAAGUGUCAGAAAUGGAGAUACUCUCAGGUUACAAAAGCUGUGCCCAAUUGUCUGGGACGAAUGAUUCUUCAUACUCAACCUCUCCUGAUUUGUGGGGGCGAUGGAUUUACUCGUUCCAACUUCGAUGGCUGCAUAGAUUCGGCUAUGAGUCUUGCAGAGGCUGUGAAGUCUCAUUUAUAG